ACAUUUUCACAUCUUUUAUUGUUUACCAUUAAAGCUGCUGACUCAAGCUGCUUAUCAUGAGCAUCCUUUAUUUGAUAAGAUGGGCCUAGUUCUUAAAAAGCGUCCAUGUUCAUGCUGUUCAACAUGGUAUAAACGGUGACGUUGGAUCGGUGGUGAAUUGACUAAUUAUAUACUAUUAUUUGACGGAGCAACAUGGGAAUCGUUCUUUUGUCUCAUUCCACACUUGUAUAGUAUUAUAAAAACAUACAAGUUGCAAGUAUUCACCAUUAAUACUCAUCCAAACACAACUCUCUCUCUCUCUCUCAAUCUUGAGUACAGAAAUAAAGUUGAAUGGCAGCCAAAUCCAAGACUCUUCAGGUGAUCGGGAAGCACUUAGUUAACAGCCUCCGUUCAUGCGCUUUCCCACGCGCCGUCGCAUCUGAUCUUUCCGUUUCUCGUGUAUUGCUUAACAGGAAUGGUCACACAUCAGCGUAUGAUAAGAACGUAGAGGAAGAAUUGCAACCGAGUAAAGUGCCUGAUGAAUUGAUAAAGUCCGAGUCUGACAAAUAUUGGUCUCCUCAUCCUCAGACCGGUGUCUUUGGACCUUCCUCAUCCUCCACCACCGACAUGGCCGACGAGAAGCUUUCUCGCGGUAGUCAAGAGGACUCCGGAAUGGAGGAGAAAGCUUGGUUCCGUCCAACAAGCCUCGAGGAUUUUGACAAGACUCACCACUCCUAGCAAACAAACUCUUUCCUUUAUGUUAUGUGUGUUUCCGGAGUGUUGUACUAAAAUUUGACGUCGAAUUAUUAUGUUGCAAUAGCAGCCUAAACUUUCGGUGUUAUGAUGUUAUAUGAAUGUGAUUUGUUGUUGUAACGUUUGUUGGACAAAUUGGCCCUCUUUAGAGAAUGAUGUUAAUCAACCACAAGCGAGUAGCUAAUUGAAGUUAUAAACGAGUGAAUAUCACCCUAACAAUUGAGUAUACAAAAUCCGAUGUCGUCCAGCGGUUAGGAUAUCUGGCUUUCACCCAGGAGACCCGGGUUCGAUUCCCGGCAUCGGAGCUUUUUAUAAAAUAUCAGAAAACGAAGACUAUGCAAUUUACGCUUUUAGAUGGGCUUUACAGUUCAUGGCCCAUAACUAAAUGCUAAGUAACUGUAUUUUUCCGGUAUCCUUUUUGGGAAUAUUACUUGCAUUUUAUGGCAGAUACAAUAUUAGUAACGAGGCGGGAGUUUACCUCCAUGUCUGUGUUGUUAGAUCACUAUUCUGAUUUGUGUUUAAGCCAUCUUCGUCAUUGUUUGUGGUUUCGUUGAACGCACAUAGAUUCUGUUCUCUUACUCAAUAUGCAUUUGCAGGAGUUUCACCACUAAUGCUUUGUUUAUGUGAUUCUUUUUUUUUUGUUUUAUAAUUUUACAGGUUGACGGUUUUGAAGAAUACUUGAAUCGGUCAGACUCCAAUGUUCUUCAGUCGCCAACCAGUGUAGCAAAGCUGCCUCCAAAUACGGCAGUUAGAACAACUCGAAGGAAGACAUCAGUAAAAGCUGAACCUCAGCCAUCAUCGUCACAGUUGGUGAACCGUUCUUGUCGUUUGGCGAGCAAGAAGUCUCUUGAUGGAGAAAUGGACCAAGAAAAUGUUGCUCAAGAAGCUAAGACCAACAAUGUCAAGUUUGAAGCCAAUGUGGCUAAAACUCAUGCAGCACGGAGCACAAGGAAAGCUCCAGGAGCUACUUCUUGUAGCAGCAAAGUUUUGGAGAGUAAGAAGGGUGAAUUGGUUCAGUCGGCGUACAACACAAGGAGAUCAGCCAGGCUGCUAGAGAAAUGUAUGGCUGACCUGAGUUUGAAGACUACAGAAACUUUGGGUAAACCUGAGAAUAUUGAAAAAACAGAACAAAAAGUAUCUGCACAGGAGAAUAGUCCAGCUGGUUAGUUAGAUACAAUGCCUUUUCUCUCUUGCAAUGCUUCUGAUCAGGUGAACUGGUUGGUAUAUAAUGCGUUUUGAAUACAAUCUCAAAUUAAGAGUAUCUCCAAAAGUAACUUUAAAACUUCAAAUAUAAGGUUUUAUGUACUCCAAGAGCAACCUCAAAACCUCAAAUUAUAAGGUUUUGUACAGUAAAAUCUCAAAUAUAAAAUUUUACUAUACAAAAGCUUAUAUUUGAGGUUUCAUAUUUUGUUGGUCCUUGUACUUGUAUGUCUUUUGAAUAGUCUUGACAAUUUUUUUGUUUAUCAUUUUAGUCUAUACAAUUUUAUAUCUUCUAUAUAUUUUAUAUAUAUAUAUAUACAUUUAUUAAUUUAAAUAAAUAUAUGAUCAUUUAUCACUUCAAGAUGCACUAAUUAAUCAUAUAUUGGAGAAUUAUUGAAAUAAUACUAAUGAAUAAUUAUGUAUUUUAAGAAAAUGAUUUCGUUUCUAAGUCUUUUAUUUAUAUGUAAUUUGCUAUUAUAAUGUAAUAGUUUAUUAAUCAAUAUUUUUUAUAAUAUUUUUAUUGUAUGUUUUUAGUUGUUAUAAAAGUUUAUGUUUUAUUUGAUUUUUUCAAAAGUAAAAAAUAUAAUGUAAAAAUCUAAAACUUAUAAGGUUCGUUUUAUAGUUUACCACCGGAGAAGAGCACAUUCAAACCUCAAAUAUAAGGUUCAACAAACCUUAAAUAUAAGAGCACCAUUAGUGGGAAAUAUCUUUCCUAGAGUACCUCAACCAUAUUUUAUUAUAAUCAUCAGUUAUAAGUUUAAUUAAAUUUUAAUUUUAGAAAAACAUAAACCACUUAAAUAUUGACACCUGAAACCAAAAUCUUUUACAUUGUUUUGAACGCUUCUUCCGGCAGAGAUGUCUUGCAAGUUUUCUGUCACUCUUCCUUAUUUUUUUAUUUUUAUUUAUUAUUGUAAUGCGUAGAGACUGUGAAAGAGACUCCCACUGCACCUGCCCUAAAGUUGCUCUCGGAGAUGCUCUAAAGAACAAAAACUAGGAAAGAUCUUCAAUAGGUUCGGUCUCGAUAACUCGAAAAUCGAAAUUCACUGUGGAUGAAAAGAACUGUGUUUGGUAUAACGCAAGCUCCGUGUAUUUGCCAUGAACUGAAGGAAGUGAAUUGAGGAAUGUUAGUAGUCUGGGCCGUAGGCCUAACAGAGAAUUGCAUAAUGGUAGCUAUAAACUUUUUGCAUUUAUCCACGGGAUAUAUAUACCAGUUAGAAUUUAUCUAAAUUGUGUUUGGAGGUUCUAGGGUUUCUUAGUUACUUCACGACAUGACCGAACAGCAGUCUUCGCCGCCCAUGAAAAUCCAGGACGUGGAUGAGGAGGAAGACGACAGAUAUAGUGAUACACAUGACCCGUAUCCACUGGAUCCUAUGCCCGAGUGGGACGUGGACAGCUACGAAGGUCGUGAGUAUGAAUCAGAUCCAGAUCAUCGUGAGCUUUUCUCUGACGAGGAACGUUAUGAGCAAUACCGUCUCGACAAACGUAAGGCUUUCCAUAGUAAGGGUUUCAUCUAUAUACCUCUUAGCGGAAGCUACCCAAUUAAAGAUCUGGAGGAGAUAGGGUAUGACAACAAGACUAAUCGGGAGAAAAUGACAAAUCUUACUAACUUGUGUAUUAAGAAACUCAACGAGACAAAGGGAAAAACAGUUGAAUUUGUUCAUAUAGUGAGAGUUUUUAAACGUUGGGCGGCUGCAUGGAAAUCUUCCAUAACGUUUAUGGCUCGGGAGUCUCCUAAUGGACCUCUUGUAGAGUACCAGGCCAAGGUGGUGACAUUUCCAGGGGACAGUAAAGCUCCUAUUCCCAUCCUCUGCAGACCAAGUCCUAUAGACACUCACCUAUAUUGAUCAGUGUUUGCAAAUUGGUAUAUUUGUAUUGUGAUGUAAAAUGUGUCGACUUCUAGCCUCAGUCACUGUUUCUUUAUUUUUAUGAACCUAUAUGGCAGUGUUUGUUUGUGUAAGCUAUAUGACGUUUGGUAGAAUCAUUCAGGCUAUACUGAAUUUUUAUAUAUGCUAUCUACUUUUCUAAUUUGUGCAGAGUCCUAAUUAAAAACGAUGACAAGGUCUAAACUUUAAGAAUAGACUGAGUAGCAUAUCUUUUCCAUUUUUAUUAUAAUAAUAAGAUAAAAUAUGAUCAUCACGCAGACAAAGUUUGAGUAGUUAAGAUUAUAUAUCCAUGAAUUGAAAAGAAAACCACCACAGUAAGAAGAUAAUUAAAAUAUGUAAAAAGAACAACUAUAAUAGGUCCAAUUUAACGAUCCAUAUCAGAACUACUUCACCAAUUCACCAACGUAAAAGAUAGGGCAUGUCUUUUCGAUGAUGAUCCUUCCAUACCCAUUGAUACCCCAGAUCGUACCCCAUGUGUUUUGCACAAUGAAAAACAGCUUGUUAUCCUUUUUUUUUUUUUUUUUUUUUUUGCUAAACUGUGAAUAUCAUAAAAUGAAAGUUUAGGGUUACAAGAGCCUAAGAGUGUUACCUUGGCAAAAAAGAAAUAAAAAACAAGGUAUACACAUGAUUGUUAGAUCAGAAAGUUGCAACUAUCUAAUCCAAAUUUGCAUAAGAGUAGUGAAUUUCCUCCUAUGUCUUCUCGCACUGAUGGCAUUACGGAUAUCCCUAUCUAUGGUGGCGAAUGUUGUCUGCUGCGGGGAGAAUCCAGUGAGAUGAACUGCCGAGUUGCGCUGUCUCCAGAUAUUGUAGAUCAUGGACUGAGUCGCUAGCUUGAUAUCCUUUGUCCUCCCAUGACCAACGAUGAUCAAAGGGUGCCUGUUCAUCCCUUCUCGCGGUUCAUGCACGAUGUAGAUCUCCUAUUUUAUGUAUGCCCACAUAAAUAAAUUAGUUUUGUAAUUAUUGUCAUCUUUGGCCUAUUGUAAAACAUAAAUCACUACUUCACUUACAUUUUUUUUUUUUUUUUGAAACACUCUUCACUUACAUUCUUAAGUUCACGAAACUUGUCAUCUACAUCAACACUAAUCCCGAUAAGACCGUGAGGGACCAGUAGUCCUUUGAUGUCUGCAGGAGUCGCGUUGGGUUUGGUAAGAAAUAUCGCCUUGAGUUUAUUCAUCUGCAAAUCAAUAUAAUGUCACAAUAGUAAGUCAAAACUUAUACUUACUAAGCGACUUACUUAGGAGACACAUAUUUUAUUAGACAAACAUAUCUGUAUAGUGGAUUUACAUAAGAAUUUAAUUUACUUUAGUUUAUAUACCUGUGUUCCAUAGUCUCUUUCGAUUCCCACAUUGAGAAUGUAAUCAAUGGCCCUUUUUAAAGAAGAAAUUUCUUCUUUAGUUUCUUUUGGGCCCCUGGUUCCUUUGCUUCAUUCAUCCCCAAUAUCACAUAUUUGACAAGAGAUUUGAUUGACAAAUAUGUUUGCUGAGCAACUACACUUAGAUCAUCCGCAAUGGAAAUCCUUAAGGAGGAAUCCUUAGAGAAAAAAUAAUUAAAUAAUCGGUAGAUCCCAUCAAAAGUUAAGGAUUCAAUCCUUAAAAUUCUUAAAUAAGGACUCUUUCUUAGAGCAACAUUAUCGGACAAAAGUCCUUAGAAUCUUUUUUCUUUUUUUUUUAAUUUUUUUUUUCUUUUAAGUUAACCAAUCGCGGGCCACCACGUGUCGUGGGGCCCGCAAACAGUGCAGAGGACGCAUCAAGGACGUUCCUUAUUUAACGACUUCUCUCCUUUGUCCCUUCUUGGUUUUGCCAAAUUGUGGUCCCCCCUCCCCUAAGGACACCAACAAGGACGACCGAUAAUGUUGGUCUUAGUGAAUCUUUGUACUAUUUGCGGGUCCCGACGACAUGUAGCGACCCGCGAUUGGUUAAUAUUUAUUUUUUUAUCUAAAAAAGAAAAAAAAAUAAUAAUACAUACAAAAUCAAAAUACACUUUAUUUAAGGACUCCUCUUUGAGUAACACCAUUGCGGGUGCUCUUAUAUCUUUGUUGUGGAAGAACUGCAAAAUUCUAACUAAAGCCCAAGCCCAGCAAUCAUCUACAAUUACAACACAUAUAAUACAUGCUUAUUAGUUAUGUAGUUUCAGUCUCAAACAUCCCUUAAUCACAUAAGUAUACAUAUUAUUAACAAAUUUUUAUUAUUUAAAAUCAUUAAUUGUCAUAUAUAUCUUAAUCACAUUAGGUAAUUCCGUAAGUUUUAUUUAAGAAAAGAAUAUAUAAUAAUUUCAAUUUGAUAAAUGAAUGAUCUAUAAUGAAUAUACUAAAUAAUAUAACAUUCACUGACAAUUUAAUUUUGGAUUAACAAAAUUCUCAACUGAUUCUCAAGCCGUCACGUAAGCAAAAUUAGCAUUCUAAUUAUGUGACAACUCAACAUAAAACUUUUUUAAUUAGUACAAAUUACAUUUUAUAAAUUUUUCAAUGUUUCACUAUUAAUAUAUAAGAGAUUUAUCAUACAUUAUAUGUGUGGAAAAGAAAGCACAAUCAGGCCAUUAAUGCAGGUAGAAAAUGCGGAAUUGACCGUUGACUUGUAAAAAAUGCAGAAUUGACCAUUGACUUGUAGAAAAUGCGGAAUUGACCAUUGACUUCCUUUUCAUAUUAUGGUUAAUAUAUUACUCGUUUUAAGAAGAUGCAAAAAGGGAGCAAAACUGAAUGCAUGAACGUUAAUUAUUUAGUGAAUCACUUUUGAAAAGUCGAGAGUUCAUAUCUUUUAAUAUAUACCACCCUAAAGAUAUAGAACAAAUCAAUAAUCAAAACAAUGAAACGCAUCUCUUGCUUUUUGAUUGUCAUUGCAUUGUGUGCUGAGUUGAGUAACGGAGCGUUGUUUCCGAAGGACUCUGUACAUUUUAACAACUCUCUUCAACCAAACAACAUUCUCAAGGUCCAUUGUAUCACGGACGAACAGGAUCUAGGCGAUCAUUUGUUGAAUCCUGGACAAACCUAUGAUUUCAGUUUUCAUGAAAGUAUUUUCAGGACUGAAGUCAAUUGUGGCUUAUGGCAGGGACCUGGUUUCAAGUACUAUGCAUUGUUUAGGGCAUAUGAUGGUGGUAUCAUUCUCCAUUUUGGUAAGAACAACUUUUGGGAUGCAAGAGAAGAUGGUAUAUAUUUCACACAUGAUUCAACUCCUCCCACAUUAAAGUACAGGUGGGCAGCCCAUGUCCUUACACCAACUCAUUAAAAUUGGAAAUAAAUAUAUGUAACCCAACAAAAUAAAGUGGACUUUCGAUC